AUGAGAUUCGGUCGAAAUAUUUACCUCCAUCAAGUCCCAGAAUGGGCGGAGCAUCAUGUUCCAUACAAUCGGCUCAAAAGACUGCUGAAGAUCGCUGUUGAGAAAGCUACAGAGGAGCAAACUCGUCCCGACUUCUCAGGUCAUCUUCGGUUUCGCAUAGAGCAAGAAAGCUAUCUUCGAAAGCAAGCAGAAGAGAUACAGGGCCAUUACCGCAUCAGCCUUUGCAAAUUCGAUACAACUACGGCGUACAAGCUCUCCCGGCUUGACAUUGAGAUCCUUUGCCAAUCGCUUUCUAGGUUAACUAAGGAAAUUUCUCAACUGCAGCGGUACCAACGGUUGGACGUUGAAGCGGUUUCUCGUAUCCACACAAAGAUUGACAAAUACAUGGGUAGGGAGAUAAACCGAUCUGCUGGACGAAAUGAUCUGGACAAAUUCAAGGAACAAAAUCCAUCGAGGAAAGCUCUGGCUCGAAACCUUGGAUUAUGGAUUGCUCAUCUACAGGAGGCACUUUCAGAUCCCAGCAGCAGGCCGGUCUACCCACAAUCCCCACUCUAUGAGGCACUACGGCAGGAUCAACCUUCAAUCGUGGUUUCUAUGGUAGAUAAGUCCUUACAGCAGAGCGAAUCAUCAGCAAAACCAUUUCUCUUCCAUCUGCUGGAGCUAGCAGUAUAUGAACUGCGACCACAUACUGUCUACACUUUACUGUUUGAUGCGCUGCCUCAAAAUGAUAUCCCCAUUCAGGCUGCAUUAUUGAAUCGCUUGUUCACGGUUCUGAGUUUCCGGAAGAUGCAACUAUCGGCGCCGUAUUCCUGUAUACUCUUUUGUAAAAUCCGAGAUCUGCUCUGCCAGGUGAUUGGGGAGCUGGGACCCAGAUCAGAGGAGGUUCUACUCUCGGAAGAUACUCUCGGGCGCUUCCCUCUGCACUAUGCUGCUUCAUACGGUCUUUUGUGGGAGUGCGUGGCAAUAUUUAACGUCGCUAAAAGCUGGAACAAUUAUUCCAAAUGGUGCCUUAUUAUGCAUACUGACAAACUAGACUGUUCACCUUUUGAGUAUGCGGCUGUUGGCAACCACCGAGACGCCGUAUCAUCUGUUCUGGUUUACUUGGAAAAGGUCCUGCACGCAUCCGAUAAGGAUGACGGAAUAGCACCAUUGUUCACUCGAACGCUAUUUACUGCGUUGCACUACGAGUAUGAGGAUAUGAUUUCGGUCAUCUCUCAGGCAUGCUCUCGCUUCUGUCGGACGCCCAGGAACUGUGAAGGGGCCAGCCCACUGCAUGUCGCCGCGCGUACCGGAAGGGCGGAUCGCGUCAAACAACUGUUAGAAACCGUAUGCGUCUCUGAGCUCAACUCGGUGGAGCCAAUCUACGGUUGGACCCCGCUAGUUGUCGCUUGUGUCGAAGGUCACCAGAGUGUCGUCGCUGUGCUUCUCGAGCAUGGAGCCGACCGGGACAUUAAGGACCACCGCGGUUGGACAGCACAGGAGCAUGCCGCUUUUCGGGGACAUCUUGCUUUGGCGAAGGGAAUGACAGGGCCAUCCAAGUGGGAGUCCGAUACCGAUGUGCUAACUGCCGCAUCAAUGGUGCAGCAGGAUGACAAUGUCAAGGCUCUCCAUCAACGGCCGCAACUGGUGGUUUACCUUGGCAGCUUGCAGGAUGGAAAGCAGGUGAACCCAUUUGAAUGUCGAACACCAUCACUGAAAACAAAAGCCACGGGCAAUGACCUUGCACUGAAAGUUUCUUCUCCUGGGAAUGACUCUGCCCGUCAAAUUAACAUGUCCUUUCUCGGUGACACAGCUAACGAAUCAUUUAUCUUCGAGCUUCCAACCACGGGCGAGGCAGAACUGCGCCUAGAACUCCUCGAUUUAGGCGAUGGUCGUGACGGCCAAGCAGAGUUGCUUGGUGGUGGUACAGCGCUGCUGAUAGACAAUCUCAAUUCCUUUGGUGAGAACAGGGAAAGCUUGGUGCGCGAGAGAAGUAUUCCCAUUCUCGAGAGCAGGUCAUUCCAGGCUAUAGCUACGGUGACCUUCACAUUUCUUAUAAUCAAGCCAUUUCAGCAUCCCAACAUCCCCUCUGUGAGAGAAUGCUUUCUCCGUCAUGACGACUUUUGUCUCGUAGGACAUCGAGGCUUCGGACAAAAUGUUGCCGGGCAUGACUAUUUACAGUUGGGAGAGAACACAGUCGAGUUUGAUGCUCAGUUGACCAGGGACCUUGUACCUGUUGCAUAUCACGACUUUUCCUUGAUGCAUGAUGUGACUUUAGACCAGUUCCUGCAUGCGAGCAAGAUACAAUCCCCAAUGGGCCAUCCAACAUCCAUCAUGGGAAGCAGACACCACCAUAAGAUUUCACGCUCCCGGUCUCUUACCAGGGGUUACGAGCAAGGAGCGCAACAAAUGCAAGAGAGGAUGAGACACACGGUAGACUACAUGAGCAAAGGUUUCAAGCCCAACACCCGAGGCCACGUUAUCCAGGACUCGUUUGCAACCAUCGAAGAGCUACUAACCCUGCUUCCGGAGAACCUUGGUUUCAACGUCGAGAUCAGUGAGUCGUCCCCAUAUCUCAUCUCAGAGGACAUUGCUGACAAUGAUAUAGAGUAUCCCCGACCCCACGAAGCCACCGAAGCAGGAGUAGCCCCAGUAGCGAUCGAAAUUAACAUAUUCGUGGAUAAAAUCCUCGAGAAAGUAUUCACCCUGGGGAACAGCAGAAACAUUAUCCUGUCCUCAUUCACCCCCGAGAUCUUCAUUCUCUUGGCACUCAAACAGCAAACCUAUCCAGUCAUGUACAUCACCAACGCCGGAAAACCCCCAGUCACAGACAGAGAGAAGCGAGCCGGUAGCCUGCAAGCUGCAGUGCGAUUUGCCCAGCAGUGGGGCCUCAAUGGAAUUGUUCUGGCCUCCGAGACUUUGAUCAUAUGCCCUCGGCUGAUCGGAUACGUCCAGCGGUCGGGGCUCGUGUGUGGCUCGUAUGGACCACUCAAUAAUAUCCCCGAGAAUGCACAACUCCAAGUCGAUGCUGGCAUCAAUAUUCUGAUGGCCGACCGGGUCGGGCUUAUUGCCAAAGCACUGGAGGACCGAGAUGGCGAUGAUCGGCGACUGAAGAACUAG